AUGACGUCCCUCGGCCGCUCUCCAGCUCUCAGUCAGGCGGCGGCGGCGGCGGCGGCGGCGGCCUGGGACCGCGACCAGGACGCGCGACCUGGCGCAGGUGCGUCAGCGGCCAGCAGCCACCUGCCGGCGGUGGCGCGCUGCUUGGCGACUUUACGCGCUCAACUGUGCGCGGACUCGGCGGCGGGAGGAGAGCGGGGCGGCGAGUUCAUCCGCAGCCCGACACCGAGUCCAGACAGCCGCUCGGGACAGGACGCCCAGGCAGCGCGGUCCAUGGCGCACGGCCAGCCGGACCCCAGCCACAUGUACGCGCACUCGCACCCGGCGCCGUCCUACGCCUGCAGCGGCGAGCCCGCGUACCAGGAGCAGGCGGCGGCGGCGGCGGCGGGCUACCUGGCCGCCUCCACCUGCUCCUACCACCCGCCCCCGCCCUACAGCUCCGCCCCCAAAACCCUCAGCAUCGUGCCGGACUACGGAGGCUUCUACCCGCAGAGCUGCCAGCGGGACCUGCAGGCGGCUUUUCCCGAGCGGAAGAGCCUGUCUUACCCGCUGGAGCCCCUCAGGGUGGCCCCUCCUCUCACCCCUCUCAACACCAUCAGGAACUUCACGCUGGCGGCGCCGCCGGCGGCCACGGAGGGUCCGAUGUCGGCGGCCUUCCCCGGCCACCACAACCUCCCCCUGAGACCCAUCCUGAGACCCAGAAAGUACCCCAACCGACCCAGCAAGACGCCCGUGCAUCAGAGGCCGUACCCGUGUCCCGCAGAGAGCUGCGACCGCCGCUUCUCCAGGUCGGACGAGCUCAGCCGCCACCUGCGCAUCCACACGGGUCACAAACCCUUCCAGUGCCGCAUCUGCAUGCGGAACUUCAGCCGGAGCGACCACCUCACCACCCACAUCCGGACCCACACCGGGGAGAAGCCGUUUUCCUGCGACCAGUGCGGCCGGAAGUUCGCCCGCAGCGACGAGCGGAGGCGCCACCUGAAGAUCCACCAGCGUCAGAAGGAGAAGCGCAGCUCCGCGUGCUGA